CAACAUUCACACUCACAAUUUGGGGACAAUCGAAUAUCGAUAAAAAGUGCUCGCGCACUACACCCACUCUGGCAACGCUUUGGCAUUGUCCUCAAGUCCUAAGCACAAAAGACACAAACCAGCUGGUUCCAGCGCCAAAAUAUACAGAAGGUCAUCAACACUUUACAAAGAUGUCAGUCGCCGAUGCAAUGGAAUACAUAACCCUUGGCAAUCCUAUUAGUCGUGCUGUGAUCUCUUCAUCGUCUGCCAUGUUGCGUGUGAUAGGCCUACGCCCCAAGCAAAUAUCUGGGAAGGAUGCCCCAAUAAUGAUACAAGCUCAACCUCAGCAGUUGAGAGCACCAUUGCAUAGCCUAAUGGGAAACCACUAUCACUUUGUGCGAAUUGCCGGCCUGGGCGGAGCGUCGGCUAUUUUUAUGGGAGCCUAUUGCAAAUAUUUUCUGAAAGAUGUCCACGAUCCAAAGGAGCAGCAGGAGGCACAAGCAUUUGCUGAUGUUGCCAAUAGAAUACAUUUCCUACAUUCCUUUGCGCUUUUGUGCAUGCCUCUGGCUCACUAUCCGGUGUUUACUGGCAUCAUGAUGACCGUUGGCACCGCACUUUUCUCCGGCUGCAUGUAUUACCGUGCUCUGUCCGGUGAAAAGCGACUUCAACAUUAUGCUACAAUUGGAGGAUUUUGUUUGAUCGGCGCCUGGCUAUCUCUGGUGGUCUAAAUGGGAUAUUCACAUGAUAUGGAAAUACAUAAAUACGUUACAAUUAUCUAUUUAUAAAAUCAGCUAAAGCUAAAGCCUAGAUGAAGUUACGAGUGUACAGCAGCUGCUCUAUAUAUAUAUAAAUAUAUAUUUAUGCGCUUUUCAAAAGCGCGUUUUUUAUAUAUAAUAUAUUAGUUUUAAAUGUAAGUUCUAGUGAUUUAAAAAUUCAUUUUAAGAUUUCCUUUUUUAACUUGUUAUCAGUUUAAGUUUACAGCAAAUGGAAGAUACUUUUUGUUAAAUGCAUCUCUAUUUUGUAGAUGAUUUAAAUGCAGUUCUACUUGUUAGGAUUACUUAUCUCAAACAAAAAGGCAAUGCGCAACAUAAAGGAUAUAAAUCAUAAAGGAAAUAAAAAGUUAAUAAAGUGUUACAUUUAUUUUGUA